GCUGGGAUUUCGCAGGGAAGCCCAGCAGUGGCAGCUGCGGCGGAUCCCCCGGCACUGCCCGCCGCGCGCCCGGCCAGCCCAGGGCUGGCGAGCAGCUCCGCAAAGUCGAGGAGAGAAAGGAGGCGGAAAGCCAGCAAAGUGGUCGGGCUCAGCGCCGCUGCUGGGCUGGGCGAGGUGUACCCAGGGAGCCUGGAUCCCCGAGCCCUGGUGCUUUGCAUGAAGCGGCCAGUGUACCGGGAGGCGAGCUGACGCUCUGGAAAGAGAAAUCAAAUUGCAGCCUCCCCAAAGACGCUAAGUUACGCAGGCCAGUCAGUUCCCAGAGAGCGCCCGCGAGCGCGCGGAGAGCCGAGCCGCAGAGCCCUCCCGGGCCAGCCGGCUGGGAGCCGGGCGCCUUCCAAGAGGCAGAGGCCCCUGUGCACCGGGUCCGACCCAGAGUGCGUCCCGGUACAGAGAGGGGGCGUGCAAGGCUACGACUUGGGCGCCCCCUCCGUCCCACUCCGAGCGAUGCCCCCCGCCCCUCGCGCCCCCCGGGAACGCCGCGAGCAUGGAGAAGUCGAGUAGCGAGGAUUCUUCGAUCCACCGGAGUCCAUCUUUGGACAGCAAGGACUCGGACUUUGCCAAACCGUCCACCUCGGGCCGCCCGUUCGGCCGCGGCUUCACGGCCGGCGCCUUCUACGGCACGGCGGGCUCCCGGGGCCAGAGCCGCGCCGAGGCUGGCGUCAAGACUGACAAGUACAAUGCCCCCAAAGGCAGCAAGUACGUGGUGUUUUACCUGGACCUGUCCUUUGUUUUCCUCCUAGAAUUUAAGAAGUGCAACAUGGCCAGGGGCUGCCUCUGCUGCUUGAAGUACAUGAUGUUCCUCUUCAAUUUGAUAUUCUGGCUCUGUGGCUGCGGGCUGCUUGGAGUGGGCAUUUGGCUCUCCGUGUCCCAAGGCAACUUUGCCACCUUCUCCCCCAGCUUCCCCUCGCUGUCUGCAGCCAACCUAGUCAUCGCCAUGGGCACCAUUGUCAUGGUGACGGGCUUCCUCGGCUGCCUGGGGGCCAUCAAGGAAAACAAGUGCCUCCUCCUCAGUUUUUUCAUCGUCCUGUUGAUCAUCCUCCUAGCAGAGCUGAUCUUACUUAUCCUCUUCUUUGUCUACAUGGACAAGGUAAAUGAAAAUGCCAAGAAGGACCUGAAGGAAGGCCUCCUGCUGUACAACACAGAGAACAACGUGGGGCUGAAGAACGCCUGGAACAUCAUCCAGGCCGAGAUGCGCUGCUGCGGCGUCACCGACUACACAGACUGGUACCCGGUGCUGGGCGAGAAUGCGGUCCCCGACCGGUGCUGCAUGGAGAACUCCCAGGGCUGUGGGCGCAACAGCACCACCCCCCUGUGGAAGACGGGCUGCUAUGAGAAGGUGAAGCUGUGGUUUGAUGACAACAAACAUGUGCUCGGCAUGGUGGGAAUGUCCAUCCUUAUCAUGCAGAUUCUGGGCAUGGCCUUCUCCAUGACCCUCUUCCAGCACAUCCACCGGACUGGGAAGAAGUAUGAUGCCUGAGCGUCUGGCGGGAGCCCCCGCCCCCACGUGGACACUGCCAGGGAAGGAGAUUUGAGCUUUGUGUUGCCUGCCCGCACUCCAGACUGCUGAGCCCUGCCCACCGCCCCCAGCCGCCCUCCCCACCCACCCCGCCUCAGCCUUCUCGGGGUGCAGGGCCAGGGAGGAGGAGGCGCGGAGACCUUGGGGUGCUGGGGCGCCUGGGUUCCUGCAUCUGUGUAUUUGCCAAAGAAGACAGGGUGGCCCGGGGGACGUGCUCCAGGAGACCCAGCACUGAUGCGUGUCUGCUCUGCCCUUCCUCACACGGACACCGUCCCGCGUGGGGGUGCAGCAGACUGCUCCCUCCUGGUGGAGACUGCCCAGCGGAGGCCAUCCUGCAGGAGAGGGGGAGAGACCGCCUCUGGCCAAGGCCCCGGGGAGAACCUCGCCCAGGCUUUUUAUACCUUACAGUGUAACUUUUUUAUUUUAUUUUACUCUGAUUAUGAUUAUUCAGGAAUAUUAUCUCACAUAAGUUUAGGGUUAGCUUUCUGAUUUAUAACUUUUUACUGCGUUGAUUUCUGUAACGGUUUGAUUUUUUUUUUUUUUUGAGGGUGGGAGUGGGUGGGGAGAAAGGACAUGUGUAGGUUUCAAUCAGGACAAACCACUGUGCAACCCUCAGGAGGCUCUCGGGUGGGAUACGCCAGCCUGCGUUCGGGAAGCACUGAAAGGAAGGCCCGGCCAGGACUGCUGUCUGCGGCCCGGUGUCUGUGGCACAGAAGCCUGGAAGAGGAGGUGAAAUGGAGGAGCAGGAAGCCUCGUGGGGCGGCCUGCACGGAGCGGUGUGUUUGCUAAUGCUGGUGCAAGAGGCCAGAGCAGGGGCUGGCGAAGUGCUUGGCCAGGAACAUGGCUGGAGCCAUCGUGGGUCCUCACACGUCACUGAUGAGCAGUUGUUCUUUGUUCCCUUCUUCCUUCCUCCUGCCCUCUGCUGGCGUGGAGGCGCCCCCUUCCCUCCCAACCCCCCAUGCGGGCCUUCCCGCAUCAGGUUCUGCAAACCCCAGCAAUUUCACAGACAUUCCUGCUAGAAACUCUCGGACACAUACCUCCCUAGUUCAGUUGCUGCUCACGUUCUCACAUUGCUUCUGGAAGGGGAAGCAGUCCUUACGUUUGCUGCUCAGACAGUGGCAGAGGAUCCAUGACGGCCAGGAGGGGUGGGUGGAAAUGGUGCCUGCGGUCACUGCAGGCCGAUUCACCAGGCUGCUGAUCCCCAGCUGGGAGGGAGGGAGAGAUGUCCAUCUGGGUCCCAGGACCCCCUUUCCUUCCUCGGGGUUCACUGAUGCUGGGGUGGGUGGCAAUCACAUCCUCUAUGACCCCAAGGAAAAGUACGUAAAACUGAGAGAGGUCAGACUGCAUCCUGGUACGUAGCCCGGGAUGAGAGCAGGCUGAGUGAGGACUUUGGAGGUGAGCAGGCGGGUGGCAUUUGCCUGUAGCGGGGCACCCCACCAGAAGUUUUGCUGGUCUACGCUAGCGUUUUGCAGUUAAAGAAAAAAGUCAAGAAUUCAUGGGAUGGACUUGAGAAGUCUCCCCACGAGCUAGCUAGGAUCUGAUGCACUUCUCCAGGUGGGGCCUCGGGGGAGCGGCUGCCUUUUCCCACCCCCAUUUGACUCGAUAGCUUGGUUUCCCUCCGGGCCUCGUCUCCUCUCCAGCCCCCACCUGUCUGCUCCAAGAGCUGAGACCUGGCCACCCAGCCAGCUCCUCCACGCCCUUUAAGUGUAGUGCGGUCGGGACCAGGAGCAUCGAACUUUAGGCGAGCUCAGGAUUCUCGUGUCUGCGGGGUGAGGAGUGGAGUGGAGUGGCCUCCGUGGGUUGGGCGGAGUGACGCUGCCUCCCUGCAAUGGAGGCACCGGUGCUGACGGGAAAACUCGGGAAGUGGGCCUUGGGUGGAGGCUGGGCAAGCACACAGCUGAGCAAAACUGCCCUCUGGGUCCUCUGGCCCGUCUUCCGGUAAGGAGCGUCAGCCACCUCCCCGGGCACGCUAACCUGCACAGCUCAGCACAGGCACACAUGCCACCAUGCCACCGAGGAGAGACACUCAGCAAACAAGCACUCAAGGUGCACAGUGGGACCGAGUGCAUAAUGAGCUUAUGCUGGGGGGAGGGGCACCUUUGUUUAUGCCUAUCAAUGCAAUUUUUCAUUUUUGUUAACAUCAACAGCAAAAGCCUAGCACCUUGGGGGGGGGGGGUGUAGCCUCCCUGGCCAUCUUGUUUCUGGAGCUUCAGGGGCAUCGUCUGGUCCUGGAGCCCUUGCCACAGUCCCCCUCCUCUUGCCAGCCCCCCCCCCCAUCCAUCUGUUUGCAGGGCCUUGCCCACCGUUCCCAAACUGCCUUCUUGCCUCGCCCUGUACUUGGUUCCGUCGCCUGGCAGAGUCCACUCUGGGCAGAAGGUGCCGUGCGUGGGCCGGGGGUGCUCUUCAAGCCCCUUGCCCAGCCUGCACAGUGGUCGCCACACUGCACAGAAGGCCUCACCCGUGGCUCUCCUCACCAAAGUCAGAGUUAGUUUAAUCAGGUCUGAUACAGGCAGUUUGUAGACCUGACUCAGAAGGGCAAGGUCCUGUAGACGACGUCAAGGGAAUGCCUGCCGUGGCCUCUCUGCAGCCAUCCCACAGGGGAGGUGGGUGAGCAGGGGCUGAGAACUCCUGGGGGAGUCGCCUGCAGCAGGUGUCGGGGCACCAGUCUCCACCUGCAGCCCAGCGGGAGUACUGUCAGCCCCCUCCCCGCAGACAUGGGCCUGCAUCUUGGGCUCUCACUCUGGAAAGGCGACUGAGCCCACCCAGAUGCUCACAGAUAUUCUGGUCUGACUUGGAAUGAGGUCGCCAUCCGUCCUUUAGUGGCCAAAGAGCAGUCCAGAUGGAUGGAAAUGACUGUCCCCGGCUCUCCGGCCCCCUGCCCACCCACUGGUGGAGGUGCUAACUAGCAGGGACCUGGCACAGGAUGGGAGCUGGGGCCAGGUGUGUGGGGUCUGCUCUGUCCAGCGGCCCUUCAGCGUCCAGACUCUCGUGUUCCUGUCCUAACCCCCUCCACGCCCCGCAGUGAGGCAGUAGUCAGGGCAGGGCCUGGCCCCCUGCCCUGAAAGGGCACUCUGAGGGCGAGGCCCUGGGGCUGGUGGCCACACCCUGCCAGCCCUGGGGGUGCAGCCCGGCAGGGCAGGGGAGCACCCCUGUUGGUUUCAAAUGCACUUUUCUGCUUGCAAUGCCAUGUCUGCGUUUCCUUCAUCCUGGUCCUGGCUUUAUUGAACGCCAUGUUUUUAGCAUGUUUUUAAAUAAAAACUGAUAAUGUGUCAAAAGCA